GGUUGCUAUGAGACCCGCUGGAGCAGAGGACCAGCAGCCAUCCCGAUGCUGAUAGUUUUUACCUCGCACUAAACCUGCCUUUUGACACAGUUUUAGAGUUGCUUAAUAUUUGAGCAAGCACCUGAUCCCAGUGACUUUUUCUUUCUCUUUUUCUUCUGGGUCCCUGGGGGAAGAUGGAGGUAGAAAACGAAGCCAGCUGCUCCCUCAGCAGCGCAUCAGGCGGGUCCAGAGAGUACAAGGUGGUUAUGCUGGGCGCAGGGGGAGUUGGUAAAAGCGCAAUGACCAUGCAGUUUAUCAGUCAUCAGUUCCCUGAUUAUCAUGAUCCCACUAUAGAAGAUGCUUAUAAGACUCAAGUACGGAUUGAUAAUGAACCUGCCUAUUUGGACAUCUUGGACACUGCUGGACAAGCAGAAUUCACAGCCAUGCGGGAACAGUAUAUGAGAGGUGGUGAGGGCUUCAUCAUCUGCUACUCCAUCACUGAUCGCCAGUCAUUCCAGGAGGCUGCCAAGUUUAAAGAACUCAUUUUCCAGGUCCGCCACUCCUGUGAAAUUCCUCUGGUUCUGGUGGGGAACAAAACUGACCUGGGGGAGUUUCGUCAGGUCUCCACAGAAGAAGGCUUAAAUCUGGCCCGGGAAUAUAACUGUGCUUUUUUUGAGACCUCUGCAGCCCUCAGAUUCUGCAUUGAUGAUGCAUUUCAUGGUCUUGUGAGAGAAAUCCGCAAGAAGGAGUCUAUUCUAUCCUCGAUGGAAAAAAAACUGAAGAGAAAAGACAGUCUAUGGAAGAAGUUAAAAAGCUCAUUGAAGAAAAAAAGAGAAAACAUGACAUAAUAGUCUUGCUUCUAGCUCUCUUACUCUCUCUCUCUGAAUUUUAUCAGUUGGACAAUUCCUGAUGUCACAUUCUGCUAUUAAUGUUCUCUCUCCCUCUCUUCUCUCUCUUUUGCCAAUAGGUAAAAGUAAGAUGUGUAUAACUAUACUCUUGAGAUGGUUUUCUUUUGCCCCCAAUAAUUGGAUGGAUUUUGUCAAUCAGCUGAAUAUGCUGUUUAGUUUUUACAGUAUAUUACUAAAUAAAAUUGACAUUCCAAUUGCCU